AUGCCUACCCGAAAGCCGCAAAAACCCGGCCGGUCUCACAGAUCGACGCUAUCUCUUCAGAAGACUGAGAUAAUAAUCAACGUCUAUGACCUGCUUCCUCCCGGCAGAUUAUCCUCGACCCUUUGGUUCCUUGGCACCUCGCUACUGCACUCGGGCGUCGUCAUCAACGAUAAAGAGUACGCAUAUGGAGGUCACGACAGGCGCGGCGUCACAGGCGUCUACUGGACAAGGCCGAAGACUGAACCUCCCGGCGGCACGUUCAAAUGCGAGAUCCUUCACGGCUUCACCCUUGCGUCCCAAGCGGAAAUCGAUGCCAUAAUCCAUGAAGCUUCAGAUAACUUCUCCGGGACAGCAUAUAACCUUCUCACAAAAAAUUGCAACCACUUCACGGCGUACCUGUGCCAAAAACUAACCGGCCGUCCCGGCCCCGGGUGGUUGAAUCGGGCGGCUAGCAUUGGCGUAGCGCUUCCAUGCGUCGUACCGCGGGAGUGGGUCGAGCCGCCAGACUAUGAUACCGCUGCCGGCGAGCUGGUGGACGAGGGUGAGGGCGAGGACGAGGGCGAGGGGUCUAGGAUGCUGCCGCCAUCAGAACGCCCACGGCUUGUCGGUGAACCGGAUCAGGACAAUGGCUCUCAGCGUGAAGAUCCGAGUCGGGUUGGUGGGGAAGGACGGAGGAGGGAGGUGAAUAGGAAGGGUAAUGCAAAAGCGCCUAUGUGGGACUCGGAAGGGAGAAAUCUGCCGCCAUCUGAGCGAGUCCCGCCUGCGCGGGACUGA